GAGGGAGAGAGAGAGAGAGACCUCCUACAGGGGAAACAUACAAGUUGUGUUGCAUCGAGGUGUGAGGCUUCUUCCUCAUUUAGUUGUUGCAACUGUGCAGUGAAGACCUGUUCGCAAGAGACAGUAUUCAACUAAUUUGAACCCAAAUCGAUCAUGGAUGCUGAUAUCAUGGAGAACAUCUUUCUUCUGGUGUUGGUUACCCUAUUAAGCGUUGUUCAAAAUGCGUUCUUCGCUCUGAAGGUUGAGAAAGAAUGCAAAUCCCAAAAUACAAAGGCUGCUGCAUUUGAGCGACUGUCAUGUGCCAAACGAAAUUGCAUGGACACAUAUCCCACAUUCCUGGCUAUCAUGUGGUGCGCUGGUCUCUGCCUCAGUCAGGCUCCAGCAGCAUUUGCGGGAGCAGUGUACCUGUUCGCACGGCAGAAGUACUUUGUUGGGUACAUGGGGCAGACAUGUCAGAGCACCCCUGGUUAUCUGUUUGGGAAACGUAUGCUUUCCUUCCUGUUCCUAAUGUGUGUGGUGGGCAUCGUCAACUUUCUUCUGGGUCAGUACUGUGGAAGUGACUACAAGGAAUACAUACAGACCAUCACCAAGACCCUCUCUCCUCUUCUUCUGAUUCCCUGAGCUUUACACCAGGAGCUGCAGAGAAUUACUUCAGGCUUUUGUUGCCAGAUCUUUGUGUUGAUGCCAGAAAUGCACAGGCUUUUUUGACCAGGCAUUUAAUGCGAAAAUUGAUGUGAAUUCUUUGCAAGUUUUCUUGUGUGUGCACAAAGUUUUAUGAACAUUGGGAUAAAAUGUGUUGGAGGACCAAUGUGUCCAUACAAAUAUGCAAGUAUGAGAUAGGCCUACGCAUCUAAUAAAGUGAUAAAUGUGUAGAUAUUUUUAAAAAAAAUCAAAGGAACUGCAUGGAUCCACAUCGCUGUAAGCAAAAUUUACAUUCAAGUUUAUUUACAUCUGUAGGUAUCAGAAUCUUAUUCUGAUCCAUCAGUCUUCAUUUUUACAUGUAACAUCAUUCAUUGAACAGACGUCCAAAGACAAUAAUAAUAUACGUAUUAAAAAUGUAAUGCUUGUAUAUUCUUCUAUGAGAUGCAUGCUGGUCGAUGUAAGCCAGAGAUUAAAUGUAAAUCCUUGGAAGUAAAAGGUCAUUCCCCGAAUCGGUGCCUUUUGCGUCCCACAACAUAUAAUCAGUUCUAAAGUUGCUUUAACAACAAAUACAUGUAUAAUUAAAACAAAAAAAAAGUAAUGUUACUAUAGAUCAUAUGCAUCAAUAUAAGACUAAGUAAACCCAAUAAAAUACAAGUGCAAAUGAUUAAAAUCACAUAAAUAUAUGCUAUGGGUAAGGAUUUUGAUUGAUUUUGGCUUGUCCCACGCUAUAUUUUUUCUUUUUCAACAGCACUUCUCAGUUGUAAAAUGUUGGAAAAAUUAUACAAUUUUCACAGUUUUAUAUUGUCUUAAGUGUAAUAUCAUUGUUAAGCAAUGAUUUUGACAUAAAUAGAUAUG